ACACAGGCCCCAUCGAUUCAACACAACUGCAUACAUAAGCACUUACUAAUAAUAAAGCACUGUUUGUAUGUCAUUUUCAUGGAGUGCUAUCGCUAACACAUAUGGCGGGUCAAGAGGAAAAGCCAAUCAUCUAUACCAUGGAAAACAAGCCGAUUGUAACAUGUGCUGGAGAUCAGGCGUUGUUUACUUCUCUUUAUACCUCAUUGGCUCAACAGCUUCCCAGAGAGCCAAUGGAGUGGAGGAGGACUUAUGGCCGUGCACCAAAAAUGAUCCUCCUUGAAGCUAAUUUUGUCCAGUUUAAAGAGGAGUUGCUCCCAAAGGAGGGCAACAAGGCUCUUCUCACCUUCCCCUUCCUCCACAUCUACUGGACUGACUGCUGUGAUACAGAAAUGUAUAAGAGCUCCGUGAAGGAGGACAUGAUGCGCUGGCAGAACAGCCUGAGGACCCACGGCUCAUCAGACUGGGUCAUCAUUGUGGUGGAGACCAAUGAUACCAAGAAGAAGAACAAGACAAACAUCCUGCCUCGCUCAUCCAUUGUGGACAAGAUCCGCAGUGACUUCUGCAACAAGCAGAGUGACAGGUGUGUAGUUCUGUCGGAUCCUCUGAAGGACUCAUCUCGAUCUCAGGAAUCCUGGAAUUCCUUGCUGCUAAAGCUGCGAACUCUCCUCCUCAUGUCCUUCACCAAGAACCUGGGCCGCUUCGAAGAUGAAAUGCGCACACUACGAGAGAAGCGCACCCAGCCGGGCUGGAGCUUCUGUGAAUACUUCAUGGUCCAGGAGGAGCUGGCCUUUGUUUUUGAAAUGCUGCAGCAGUUUGAGGACGCCUUGGUCCAGUAUGAUGAGCUGGAUGCUCUUUUUACCCAGUAUGUCCUUAACUUUGGAGCGGGAGAUACUGCUAACUGGCUCGGCUCCUUCUGCGCCCCGGUGCGUAACUGGAGCGGCUUGUUGCUUCGGCGACCCAUUGACAUGGAGAAGAGGGACAGCAUCCAGCGUGGAGAGGCCAGUCUCUUAGACCUGAGAAGCUACCUGUUCUCUCGCCAGUGCACUUUACUAAUCUUCCUCCAGAGACCCUGGGAGGUCACGCAGAGAGCGCUGGAGCUGCUCCACAACUGUGUACAGGAGCUCCGCCUGCUGGAGGUGCAGGUCCUUGAGGGAGCUCUGGACUGUUGGGUGUUUCUCAGCUGCUUGGAGGUUCUGCACAGGAUCGAGGGCUGCUGUGAUCCAGCCCAGUUAGCUGCAAACUGCUCCCAUACUGUUGGUCUCUGGGCGUAUGCUACAGACAAGGUACCACAGAGGAAGGGAGAUCCUGAGCGGGCGGAAACCUUCUUACAGGAAGCUCUGAAGUCAUACGUGUCAGAGGGGUGGAGCCUCCCUGUGACUCACACCAGGCGACAGGUCGCCGAGUGUCAGAAGCUGCUGAGCAAAACUGAAGACUACUUACAAACCAGUGCUUUGUUGGCUGGUGAUGUAAAUCUGACGACGGACGAGAGGAAACACUUUUGUCAGGAAAUUCUGAGCUUUACUGGCAAGUCUGGAGACCAGUCUCACAAAGUUACCCUCAGCAUGGGCGUGUUUGCACAGCUCACGCAGUUAAAGUUCCACCCAGCAGCAGCCUCGGUGCACUCUGGAGCUGUCCUGCAGGUGGAGCUCACUCUGCGGUGUUUGAUGCCCGUGUCGGUGCGCAUCCAGCAACUAGUCGCCAGCAUUCACUUUGAGGUGGAUCACGGAGGGACUCAUGGGAGGUCAAAGGGAGCUCAGAGACAAACGCACCCGGGGACAGUAGUGUUUAGACAGAGUAACUCAUCAGCGGGUCCUCCAUCCUCCGCAGGUGCCGGGCCUUCGUUAGAGCUGGAUGAGAUUCAGGACAGGAGUCCUUCGGACAAUUCUCUCAACUCUACAGGAGUGAUAUGUAAAAACACUCACCUGCUCAUGCGUCGUCAUGACAGCAACUCACCCCCAGACACGCCUAACUGUAUCAGCCCCCCUACUGUUGGAAUUAAGGAAGGAGCCCAAAUGCUGAAGGUGCAGGAUGUAACAUUAGAGCCUGGCGACAACAGCAUCACGUUCACGGCACCAAUCCAGAGCUCUAAACUUCACGCGGCCAUCUUUUCUGUCCCCCUCUCGUGUUCAGAGUUGGUGGGUGAAAGCACUUUGUCCAUUCAGUCGUCUGAAAAGGUGACGAGCAUCAGCCUUCCUCCGGCCCCUCCCUACCACACUCUGGAGUUUCAGCUGGAGGUUUUGUGCAUAAUCCCGUCCGGGGCUGACCGGCCCGCCAAUGAGAGGCUGACUAAUGGGGAGGUCCGCCAUCGACCACGGAGCUACAGUCAUCCCGACACACCGAUGACCGCCAUCGACCAGAGGAUGUCUAUCGACUGUCCGUGGUCGAUCUACUCCACACUGCUUGCCCUCACCUUCUACAUCCCCUUCAAGACCAAACACUCUUUGCUUUCUGCUGGUAACAGGAAGUACAUCCAGGUGUGUGUGCAGAAUGUGUCAGAUGUUAAUUUUACGCUGGCAGAAGUGAAGCUGACAGAGAAGCAGCACGCAUCGCUGGAGCUCCAGGAUCUUAACACUAAAACACAACAGAUGUGCAUAUUGGCUGACAGCAGCAGUAACUGGGCGGUGUGUGGGAAGAGUUCAGGGAUGGUGCUCAUGCCAAUAACGGCCAACGCCACCCACAAAGUCCAGAUCGAGGUGAUGCCUCUGUUUGCUGGACACCUUCCCUUCCCCAAGAUCAAAGUGCUGAAGUACCUGCCUCACACUGCAGCGGUGGCCAUUCAGCCAGACCCCGACAGUUGCGUGGAGAACGACAGCCUAUCCCUGCUGGACAAGACGCUGGAUGAUCAGGGAGACACAGCAAGCAUCCGCAGCCGGGGUAGCGUCCACUCCGUGGGCAGCGGCGACCAGCAGCAGAAAGGCGUGGCCAUGCCACGGCUCGAGCCUUUCAGCCCCGGACAGGUGUUCAACCACAGCCAUGCAUGCCAGGUCCUGGUGCUGCCAGCUACUGACGACCACAUCAUGGAGGUCAAUGCCACAUGACCCUGGUGACGGCGUCACCAACAACCUUCACGUAGGACUGAACCUGUGGCCUGGAUGGACUCUACUGAGAUUGUUUUAAAUCUGAGACGACUCGGGUCCACGAGUCCAUUUCUGACACGGCUGCAGGUUGUCGUAUGGACUCACUCCUAAGCAUGAAACCCACUGCAGACGUCACGGACUAGCCAGUGAAGAGCCAAUGACAUCUGCUGAUUAAGUUUAAAUAAAGAUUUUUCUUUGCCAUACUUUGUACAUAGCUCAUUGAAUGGAUUUAUAGGUAUAAAUAUAUAUAAAUAAAUAAAUAUAUAUAUAUACGGACUGAUCGGUGAGAUCGGUGCCUGUCGUACUAUUUCGAACUGAAGAAGGAAAAAAAACACUCCUGAUUGUCCCGUGAUGCACCAAAGCCCUAGAUGUGUGUACGCCUUGACCAUCUACUCAAGUACUGUAACAACUGAGUGUGUCCAGCUGUUGUGUGCCUCUUCUGUAGUCAUCUUUUUUUUUUUAUAUUUGAGAUUUUUGCUUGUUUUUGAGUCAUUGAACUCUGAUGUGUCUUUGGAGACGUUAUCUUAUAAUCCCAACAGACUCCUUCGUCCUAGUACUGAGGUAAAUAAUCAUGAUAAUCUCCCAAGUUUACUACAUGAUUUCAGCAUGAUAAAAGUCAGUCCAGCACACAUGAGGCACCAAAAAUGAAAGUGUAGAGCUAUUAUUGAAAAUGACCAAUGCACCAUCUGUGCAUCUGUAAAAAAAUAACCCAGGUUACCUGUUCAAAUGUCUGAACGUGUUGCUCUUCUUUCCAUAGUAUAGAUUAAAUGUGCUGCACAGGCUUUAUUACUUCUACUCUUGGGUAUAAAGAUCUUUAAAAUGUUCACGUCUCCAAAAACGCACAUAGAUGUGCUAAAGAACUUCUAUUUAUUUUUAGCAAAGACAAAGCCGUAUGUUUUCUGACUCAAACGAAAACAUGAGAAUGAAACUCUCAAAUAUAAACCCGGCAAUGACACGAAAGGCUCCGAUUGUAGUGGUUUGUUUGUGUGUAUGUGUGUUGCAUUUCUGUUCCGCUGUAGCGCUGUGUCCAUGGACGUGAUCAGACGAGACUUUUACACGAGGAUCAGCCGGUGCACAUUGUCUGUCAGUGCAUUGUUUAUCUACUGGGUGUGUAUAUUUAUUGUGUGUGUGUGCGUGCCAAAUCCAUGUCCGAGCUAUGCACACAUACCGGUGAUGUCGAAUGGAUGAGUGAAAUAAGCCGCUGUUAGAUUUAUUCAUGCAUUUGUUUGAAAGGAUGAACUCUAGCUACUUCUACCCCCGCCCCCUCCUCCACCCAUGUCCUCCUCUGUGGUGCAUGCGCACACAGCGCGGCUACAGCCUCCUGCUCCUCUUUGACCACUGUACAUACUUCUGUGUAAAUAAUGAUUCAAAGGAAAAUCAUCUUUGAUUGCCAACUAUAUUAAAAAAAAAAGCAUUGGGAUCUCUGUGGAUGUCUGUUUUCUA